AUGUCUAGUUCAAGCAAUACAGACAAAAUCAAAAGUUGUUUUCAGUGUAAUAAAAUUAAAUUGAUCCCUGAAUUCACGAGAGAAAGUAGAAAUAAAGUGAAAAAAUGUUCUGUAUAUAACUUCUGCACUGAGCAAGAAAAAAAACGUAAUGCCAGAUCAGAUUCUACUGAAAGUACUCAAUCAUUAAGUACUAAUAUUGAAACAAAUAAAGGCAGUAGCAAAAAUAUUGAGAAUAAGCUUCUCUAUGAUAUUCAUGACCUUGAAGAGUUGGUAGCAAAUAAAUUUCAGAAUUGCGAAGAGGAGGAUUGUCAUGCUGAAUUUUCAGUGAUGGUAGAGCUUGGGAGAGAACCUGAAGAAGAAAAAAUGGCAUUGCUUGAGGUUAAUCAAUAUGAUAAAGAAAAUAAAAAAUUUUGUGCUAUAAUUAGCACUUUACUUGAACUUCUUUGUAUUG